GAGGCGAGAACCCCAGCCUCAGAAACAGAGACCGAGUUGUUGACGAAAUGAAUAUGGCAGUCUCGCUUUGUCACCGCACCCAAACACCCAACCUCUCUUCUUCUCGUCCCCAAUGCAAAAUCAAACACCAUCAUCGUCCAGAUACUGGCUUGAGCUUCAAGGUUGGCAAGUGGGGAUUGAAUCGUGGAUUAGCGGUGAGAUGUGCGACUCGGGGUUCCGGUUCGGUGGCUGAAAUAGAAAAAGAAUGGGAAGCUGAGAUCCACCCAGAUAGAGAAGAGUGGAUGGCAUCGGUGGGGUGGCUGAGACUAAAGUGUGGAGAGAAAAGAGGUGUGGUGGAGCUGUUGGAGUGUUUGGAACGCGAAGCAAUUAUGGGAGAAGACCAAGGAAGGGAGCCUACUGACUACAACCGAAGGGCUCAAAUCUUUGACAGGAGUUCCAGAGUUUUCCAGGCUCUCAAGGAACGUACGUAAAGCCUCUUCUAGAGACGUGGCAUGAAGGAAAAUGUAGUGAAAUAUCUAAUAAUGGGCAAUGAUAUUUUAUGAUAUAUUAAUAUAUAUGAUUCCAUUUCCAUCA